GCUGCUUAGAUACCGGAAGUGGCUAGAUUUUAGCAAUGAAAACAGCAUCGGAACUUUUUGGGAAUAAAUAGCCAACCCGCUGGAAUUAUAGAGACUCUGGUUUGUGGAGGGUCUUGGUGAAUCCAGAGCCUGUCCCAGGAACACUGGGCGUGAUGUGGGAAUACACCCUGAAUGGAAUGCCAAUUCAACGCAGGGCACCACGCACACACAUUCGUUCACACCUACGGGCAGUUUAGAGUCACCAGUCCACCUAUUGGCAUGUUUUUGGGAGAAACACAGCUCCAGCCUGUAUGUACAGGGACAAAAUGGAGGUUCCCUCUUAUCACUCCAAGCUUUUAUUUGAGCUGAACGAACAGCGUAAGAGGGACUUCUUCUGCGACUGCAGCAUCAUCGUGGAGGGCCGCGUGUUCAAGGCGCACAGAAACAUCCUCUUUGCGAGCAGCGGCUAUUUCCGAGCUCUGCUGGUGCAUUAUUUGCAGGAUAGUGGCCACAGGCAUAGCACAGCUUCUCUGGACAUUGUCACAGCAGAUGCCUUUUCACUCAUUCUGGACUUUCUGUACUCCGGUCGUCUAGACCUGCGCACUGAUAAUGUGAUUGAGAUCAUGUCCGCUGCCAGCUACUUGCAGAUGACGGACGUAGUGAACUUUUGCAAAGGCUACAUCAAAUCAUCAUUGGAGAUCUGUAACAGGGAGAAGGAGAGCCAGAGAGAAAUGGGCAAAGAGAGAGAAGGACCUGCUGACAGUGGUACGUCAGCUUCAGUCUCCAGUGUUCCUGCAGCGUCCACUUCCCAACCGGACAGGGGAACCCCACAGAGUAUGGAAAUGCCCAAUUCCGUUGAGGCGUCCUCUGAUAUUCCCUCCACACCAGCUGCUACCAGUAGCAAAGACUCAGAGAGUGAGAACUCGCAGGGAGGGUUCUCCAACCAGCCUCCCACCAAUGCGGCUGUUAAGAGCAACCCAGCGCAAGACGUAAUCAACCCAUCAUCUUCAGGGAUGCUUGUUGUGCCAGUGCACACCAAGAUUAAAUUUGACCCUGAUGAGGAAGGUGAAUGUUCACUUGAAGCUAAGGACAUGGACCUGUAUGAAAACCCAAGCAAUGGUGAAGACAGAACUCUCAGCUCAAGUCCUGCACCUAGCAGUGAGCCAACAUCCCUGCCUCCGUACCCCAACUAUCAGAUGAAGCAGUAUGUAGAUGUACUGCUACGUGGAGGUGCCAACUCCCACCGCGAGGAGCUCAUGCCUCAUUUUGGCCACAGUUUGGGAAGCAGUAAUAUGAUGGGUCGAGUAGAUGAAGGACUAGGUCCUGGAGGCUCCUGCAGUAUGGAGAUCCAAAGCGACUGGUAUGUGGAGGAUGCAGUUUUCUACUCAGGGAGGCUGCAUAAGUGUCCGUUCUGCCCAUACACAACCAAACAGAAGGGCAUUCUGAAGAGGCACAUCCGUUGUCACACAGGGGAGAGGCCAUACCCGUGUGAGAUCUGUGGAAAGCGUUUCACUCGACAGGAGCAUCUACGCACACACGCUGUCACCGUCCAUCGUGCGACCUGGCCCAUCGUGUGUAAGGGCUGCAGGCGUGUCUUCUCUGGAGCCGUGUCUCAGGGUCUGAAGCGCUUUGGCCUCUGUGAUAGUUGUACUUGUGUCACUACAACUAACGAGGACUCUCCUUCCAUGAACUUGAGCAGCCAGUCUGUGAGUGUGGAACAGGGCACGACGGACUCGGAUUGGCCUGUCUUCAUGGUGGACGGGGAUGAGGAGCCCAGUGCUGGCGCUGGGGAAGUGGACGAUAAGAAGGACCUCCAGAGGCAGCUUGCAGAGGGGGGAAGUCUUUUAUAGGCAUCGAGAAACAUACUGGUGUUUCUAAUGGCUUCUCCCUCAUUCACCUUAUUAAAAGUUUAGUAAACAGACCAAGCUGUCAAAGCUUGAAGGACAGAUGUUAGGGAGAACCUUCUGAUAUACACUACAGCAAGAUGGAGACUAAAUAUAUAGACAGAUCUUGAUAUUCAUUGUUCUGGGAAAAAUAAUCUUGUUUGGCCUGAUGCCAAUUAGUAUGAGUACUUAAUGUAAGUACUGAACUGUAAUCAUGUUUACGGGUAUGCAGUCUUUAAGAACCAAAUUUCCACAGCUCUGCUGGAAUCGAUUGACUGAAUUUCGUAUUAAAAUGGUUAAUACAAUUUAGUAAUUAUGAAAUGACAACUUUGCUUUGAAGGUACAGCAAUCAGUAUUUGGAUUUUGAUAAUGCCAAUAACAGGUCAUCCUAAAGCUGCACAUAUCUAGUGAGUGUCAAGAUGGAAAAUUUGAGCAGGUGUAAAAGAAUUACCAUACACAUCAAUCCUAAGAGAAUUUGAAUUACUGUAACACUAGACAAGUUAUUACAGUGCUAUAGCUAUUAUAUACAUGUAGGUUAUCUUCUAGACUGAAAUAUUGUCUGUCUAGAGAUGUGCUGCAUCAAAGUCAUUUCAUAUAGAUUCGUGGUUCUCAAAGCUUGGUCUGGGGGCCCCAGGGGUCCUUAAAGCAUAGCUAGGGGGUCCACAACUUUAUUUUAUUACAGUGGUGUACAGUCCACUGUGGUCAAAGUUACUGUGCCUAUAAAUAAUGUUGAAUGAAUUCUAAUGACAACUGUAAUAAAAAUGGGUUCUAUGGGUGGAAAGGUGAGAAAUUAAAAAAGACUCAAUAAAUAGUCAAAACAUUACUGUACACAUUUUCACAAUGGGACAGAUUUUUUUUUUUUUUGUAAAAUAAAUCUGUACUGAGGUGAUUUUUUUUUUAAACAGUUAAAGGUAUCCUUGACUGUAAAAUGUUUUGAGAACCUAUCAUAUAGAGCGUAACAAACUCAAAACAAAUGGAAAUGUGGUAUUUGGAAAUUAGGACUAAAUCACGAGAGGCUAAUGUUCAUUAUAUUUCUAAUUUAAAUUGUUUAUCUCGCUUAUAGGGCUGAAAUAAUCAUGAAAAUUUUGCUCAAUUUUUAAUCACAAUUAUUUAUCAUAAUUAUUUAGACAAUUUAAGUAUAAAAUUUUGCACUUUAUCAUUUUAAAUAAACAGAAAACAGGCUUUUUUGUGUUGCUUUAAAUCUUUCUGUCGUUUGUAUAAAUCUUUGAAUAAACAUAACAUAUAUCUUUUCAGUUUUUUCAUUUAAAUACAGCUAAAUUCAAAUUUAACAAGUCACCAUAGUAUGUAAUCAUGGCUGUCACAGAUCUGCCCUACUUUGUCUAGUGAUCUUCAGUUUUGCGCGUGUAGUGGAAUGAAAUCGACGUGUUUGAGAGGAAGAUUGCAAAAUUGUCUGAAUGUGGUAUGAUUGUCUGACAGUUAAAGCACAUACACCACAGUCUUACUCGAUUACAAUAUAAUUAAUUGUGCAGCCCUAUUCUACUGAAUGUUUCUACAGUGUAAAUCGUGAUACUUUUAAAAGUAUUUCAAGAGUUUUGUGCAGCAUUUACAGCAGCCUUGAAUGACAUUGUGAAAGUUUCUGUAAAAUUGGGAUCUGAACUGUUACUGCUUCAAUCAUAAAACCCACAAGUCUCACUGAAAAGAGAACUGGUAUUUAUGGGUCAGUGCAGUUAUAGUGGGGAAGUGAUGUAUGACCAAAGUGCAACUUUUUUCUAACUUUAAUUUUUAUUUUAUUAUAUGUAACUUUUACUGUAUGCUCAACUUUUGCUGUAUGCCAUGAAAGGCUGCAGUCUUACUAUAAAAUAACAUGUAUUCAAAAUAAAUACUGACCUGUAAUACUGA